GCCGAUGAUGUGGGAUUACACUUGUCAUUCUAGCGAUUUCUGGGGCUCCCAGGGUCUUUUCAACGGAAUCCCUGGGAGCCUUGAGCCCCAAGGCCCUUGGGGUAGAACUGUAGAACUUUUACUACGGAGCCUAUACGCAGUAGAUCGAAAAAAACCACAUAUGGAUACGUCAGCCCUUCACAUACUCCCUCCGGUCGCGCUCCGCGGAGCGGAGCACCGACCACCAGCUUCCAGCACCGCUGUGGCCAUUUCUGGAUCAGCCGAAGACGGUCGCCCAGCGUGAACCCGGUUACGCCGCCAUGGGCACCGGUGCUUCAGUGGCCAAGGUGGCGGAAGGUCUGCCGGAAGCCCCGCCUUUAGAGCGCGAGGAGUACGUCAAGGAACACCACAAGUUCUUUGAAAACUACACCGAACAGAAGUGGAAUGAAAUCUAUCCUCAUGUGAGCUCCCAAAGUAGCGCCGGCGCGCUGGCAGCGCUUGGAGAGGCCAACUACCAGAACUGCAUCCGCAUCGGGGUGGGCGCCAUUGCGCACACGCAAGACAGUCCCAAGGAUGUGGAGGAAGUGGUGGCACUGCUGUGCCGGAGCAUGGAGGUGGCGAAGUGGUCUGCUGCCACAGCGUCGGGCUUUUUGGCGAAUCAUCCCAAGAAGGCAGAGGCCUCUGAGGCCUUUUGGAAGAUGGCCUGUCCCGACUUUGCAGAAGCGCCCCCCGAGUCGCAGGCGGAGCAGCUCCUGGACUUGAUCGAUGGCGAGUCAAAGAGCUGGGGCAACCUGGUGCUACGGGUCACCAGAGGCUGCCUGGCUGCAGGCUUGGAUGAGAAAGCCUUCGCGCUCUUGGACAAGUAUUUGAAGCUCCACAAAGCGCCAGACCCUUAUGACGCGGGGGAUUUGCUCGCCUUAUGGUAUGCCCUCCAGUGGCGCUUCAGUGGAAAGACACCCAAGUUCGUUGGCAAAGUGGCCAUUUUGCUCAUCAAGAAUUCCCAUUUGAAAGCGGUGGUGGACGACGAAAAGACCACGUUGGACGCGGGGAUCACCACGUGGGAUGAAAACGUCCUGAAGAACGAGACGGUGCCGGAGAUCAUGCGUGAUUGGCGGCUGUACAGUGAAGCCAUGUGUUUCCUCACGGACGGCCAGGUGGGCUUUGAGCCAAUGGUCGUGGAGUGCUGCUGGGAUUUUGUGGCCAAGGCCCAUCGCCCCUUCUGGGACUCGAAGUACAAGCGCUGCAUCUCUCAGUCGGAUGUUUACAACCAAGAGAUUUGCGACAUGGUGACCGAGUGGGAGGAGAAGUACAAGGAAGCCAAUGGUGGAGAUUCAGAUGUCAUCGCUUUCCAUUUGCUCUUCCCUGCUGGAAAGCCAAAGACAGAGAUCCCUAUCACCGUGGGCGGCAUCGCCACCAACACCAUUGGCCAUCGCCACUUCAAAGGGCGGCCAGCCUACAUGGACGAGGGCUUGUCUUGGACGCAUCAUCAUCGUGUCUUUUGGAUGUUCCACGAGACGCAUCACUUGUACGAGGGGCAGUUCAAAGACCGUUUCGAUUUCGCGGAGCUCAUCCAGAAGUCGGACCACCCCAUGUUUCAGUAUGACAACUGGAUGGAGGAGUUCAAAGGAGGCAACGACAUGUUUCCAGGAGAACAUUGGCACGGCGAGAACGAGUUCGAUUGGUACGUGCAGAGCCUGACGCGUCGCUUGGUUCCAAUGACGGAGGUCACCUUUGGUGACUACUGGAAGUCCUGGUGGGGUGGCAGGGAAGAGGAUGAGAAGGGACGCUACCACGACUUCAUUUCGGAGCACCACCAGAUGUACGACUCGGCGUGUAAGAAGGACUGGGAGAAGGUUUGCGAGUUCAUCGACUCCCAGCUCAAGCCAAUGGCCUUUCAGAAGCUGGGAGAGCCCAACUACCGCAACGUGGUCAUCUGGGCCGUGCAGGGCCUCUGCGAAACCGGGCAGCCUUUGGAAAAGGCAAUGGAAGCUUUGGAGAAAGGCAUGGAUGUCUUGGAGCUUCCUGAUGAGAACGUGGGCGAACUCAUCCACGUCACGCCAGAACAGAAGGACAAACUGUUGGAACUGUACAAUGGACGCGAAACUUCGAUCAAGGAGAAGCCUAAGAAGCCUCCCAAGAAGAAGACUGCGGCCAUCAGCAUCAUUGAUGAUCAUCAUCAGAUGUGGGAUGCCUUCCAGCAGAAGGACUGGCAGGAAGUCUUGGAGCACGUGGAGACACAGGUGACGGCGGCGGCUCGCGCACGCCUCGGCGAUGCAAACUUCCGGAACUGUUACCAUAUGUCCUUCGCAGCCAUUGGCAACGGUCGGGCCAGCCCCAAGGAUGUCGACGAAGCUGUGGCCUUGGUCACUGAGGGGAUGGCUCUCACGGGAUGGCCCUUGAGCACCUUCGCAGAUUUGCUCAACGCCCAUCCCAAGAAAUUUGAAGUUCUGAAGCCUUGGGCCUCAGAUGAUGAGGAAGGCCUUUGCCAUGACUUCAUAUCAGAGCACCAUGUCCUAUGGGAUGCCCAUGUGAAGGAGGAUUGGGAGAAGGUCUGUGGCCUCAUCGAGUCCCAGCUCCGUCCCAUGUCUUAUACGAGGCUUGGGGAGAACAACUACCGGAACGUGGUGACGCUGGCGGUCCGCGGCCUGGUCAACACAGGGAAGCCCACAGCCGAUGUGGUGAACGUCUUGAAGAAAGGCCUGGGCGUCUUGGGCUACGCGGAGGAGCGCGCACAGGAGUUGAUCCACAACAUUCCCCCCGAAAAGAGCGAAGAGAUCUUGACCGCCCUGAAGUGAUGUCGAGGGGUCGCGGCCGGCCCCCCCCCGAAGGGGCGGGGCGGAGUUGGAGCGGGCGGAGGAGCGGGAGGAGCGGGUGGUCUCCAAAAGGAGCCCUUUUCGCCCAAAACGAAGAAACGGGCCAAUCUCGU